AUGGCUCAAGUAAAAGUACAGACCUCAGCACCCCAGGCUGGCCCUGGCCUCUCCUCUGGAGGUCCUUUGGCACCCAUGGCCAGCCCAGGAUCACUGGGUCUGCAGCCCUCUGUCAACGGUACAGGCCCGUCCCCCACACCCGCCUGCCCCGCUCCUGCAGCUGGAUAUGGGGACGCUCCUGUGUCUGCCACACCACCAGGUUCGCCCGAGGAGAACAUGGCAAACCCUAAAGAGAAAACUCCAAUGUGUUUGGUGAAUGAGUUAGCCCGUUUCAACCGCAUCCAGCCGCAGUACAAGCUCCUCAAUGAGAGAGGACCUGCACAUGCUAAGCUCUUCACGGUGCAGUUAACUCUUGGGGAGCAAGUCUGGGAGGCAGAGGGUUCCAGCAUUAAAAAGGCCCAGCAUUCCACAGCCUCCAAAGCUCUGGAGGAGAGUUCCCUUCCCAGGCCAAUUGCCCGUUCACCUAAAGUGGACAUUAACAGCAAUCCAGGCAGUAUAACACCAACGGUGGAGCUCAACGGUUUGGCAAUGAAGAGAGGUGAGCCGGCCAUCUAUAGGCCUUUGGAUCCCAAGCCCAUGCCCAACUACAGAGCUUGCUACAACUUCAGAGGCAUAUUUAACCAAAGGUACCAUUACCCUAUUCUCAAGAUCUUCCAUGUACAGCUCUCUGUCGGGAGUCACGAGUUCAUUGGGGAGGGGCGCACUCGCCAGGCUGCCAGACACAACGCUGCCAUGAAGGCCCUGCAAGCCCUCCGCAAUGAACCCAUUCCAGAAAGACCACCGCAGGACCCAAAAGAAAAUGUGGAGAGCGAGGAAGGCGCCGAUGCCAGCAAAUCCGAGAUCAGCCUGGUCUACGAGAUUGCUCUGAAGAGGAACUUGACCGUCAAUUUCGAGGUGUUGAAGGAGAGCGGACCCCCACACAUGAAAAGCUUCCUGACCCGUGUCACCGUUGGGGAAUUUUCAGCCGAGGGUGAGGGCAACAGCAAAAAGCUGUCCAAGAAGCGUGCCGCUAUUUCCAUCCUGCAGGACUUGAAGAAACUACCCUUCAUUCCGGUUGUGGAGAAACCCAAAACGCACUACAAAAAGCGCACCAAGACCAUCCUCAAGACAGGACCAGACUAUGGCCAGGGCAUGAACCCGAUCAGCCGCCUGGCCCAGAUCCAACAGGCCAAGAAGGAGAAAGAGCCUGAGUAUUUGCUGCUUUCAGAGAGAGGGAUGCCCCGACGCAGGGAGUUUAUCAUGCAGGUGAAGGUGAACAGCGAGGUUGCCACGGGAACAGGGCCGAACAAAAAGGUGGCUAAACGGAACGCUGCUGAGGCAAUGCUGCUGCAGCUGGGAUACAAAGCCUCCACAAUCUCUCAAAAUCCCACAGAGAUGGACAACAAAGGCUGGAAUGGACAAAAGGCGUCUUUUACCGAAGCGACGAAUAACACCCAGAAAGGUCUUCUCCACCUCAGCCCUGAUGUCUACCAGGAGAUGGAGGCUAGCCGGAAACAGGGAAGUGGCUCCCCAGGCCCCAACAGCAGCAACUACAUGGCCCCGAAAGACAUGGGCCCUUGCACCACCCCGCUACCCCCAGGACACACUCCAUAUUUCAGCAGUUCACCCCCCACUCCUAACACGACAGCCACCAUGGCCAGAGAGUUGCUGCUAAACGGGCAGUCGCCCAUGGCCGAUGCCACGCUGCAAGGAAAGGGGAAGACCUGUGGUGUCUCCGUGCAACCCGCACAACAGCUGGAGUACUUGGCUCGCAUCCAGGGUUUCCAGGUGCAGUACAGUGAUGCGCAGAGCGGCAAGGAUUUUGUGACCUAUCUGACCCUCUCUCCUGUGCAAAUGACUUUCCACGGCACCGGGAGCACCCUCCAAGCUAGCCAUGACCAGGCUGCUCUAAGUGCCUUGAAACAGCUGUCUGAGCAGGGACUGGACCCGGUGGAAGGCCCUGUCAAGAGCACCGAAGCCUGCGGGAGGGACGACGGACAUUAA